GGGUGCAGGGCCCCCGGAGAUGCCUGCGGAGCCGGAUCAUGACGGCCCCCGAGAGGAGGACGAGCCCAAGCUGGCUCCAGGCCCUCAGGUAGGAUCCAGCAAGACGACUCCGACUGCCCGGCUGCUUACACCUCCCCAGAUCGUGAGCGGGAGUGGGGCGGGAUUAGGCAUGGACCAUGCUGUGGGUCUGGGGCCAGAUCCCAAUUCCGGUGCAGCUUUCAACCCCCUUACUGGGAAUGGAGGCUGGACCGCUAUCCACAGCCAAAGCCCAGCCAACCGUCUUGCGACCCUUCUCAAGCUACCCGUUCAGUCCCUACUCCGGAGCUAAAUGUUCUGAACAUUUAUGCUCUCGGACUGACUCAGGUCCCGAGACCACCACUUAGUUCUCUGCCCUCCACUUCCCUUUGGAGCCACCUGAUUCCCCGGCUCCUAACAGAUCAUCAUCUCAGGGCGCCGGAACCUGCAAGGCUGCAGCCUCUAUGCGCCCCCCACCCCGCCUGCAGCAGCUUCAUUCCUUCCCCUGCCUGCACAGUCUGCAGCCACUACCCUCAACAGCUGUACCUCUGCAUCUGCCUUGUGGGACCUCCCUCCUUUCCCUACCCAGCAGAACAGUUGGAGUAGAGAGUCAGGCGGCCCCAAAGACUGUUAGAAUAACUCCACUAAAGAGGAAACCCUUGUUCUCCUCCUACCUCCUGUCCCAUAAGGCGCCCCCACUCCCAUCCCCACCCCCACCCCCUCCAGUCCACUAGUUUGAUGAGUCCUGCAAGAGUAAGAGCAUUCGGGAGGAUUCUCGAAAGCUUCCAGCUUGCCACCUAGAAGAAGGUCACUUUCUUUUGAGCAAAAGAGAAAACAGGAGAGGCGGGGGUGGUGUGGGCCAUAGUUGCUCAGGGAGGGUUGUGGCACCCGGGGCUGGGUGGCUUGCCCCAAGCUUGCUCUGACAAAAGAGUUUUGAGUUGGUUUUUUGGCUGAGCCUGCCGAGGAUGGCAGGCCCCUGCAGGAGUCUUGGAGGGUCGGAUGCAGCGCCCGGAUGAGGAUGAGGCGUGGCGGAAGAUGCGUUUGGCUCUGCAGACACUGCAUCGGGCAGCAGGGGACUCUGGGAGGCUGGUGCAGCCUGAAGGCAUGGCUCUUGACAGCCUUCUAGUAGAAUCUCUGGAAUUGUGCAUGUUCCCCCUAUCUCCAGCCAGUCUGUGCAGACUUGUUGCCUGCUGUGUCACCGGGAGCGCAGAGGCUGGGAAGAAGGCCCUUCACAAAACGGACUGGUGUUGCAGGAUUUCCUUGUCACAUACAUCCUGCAAAUCACAGUCUUGUGGGGGUGACUCUCAUUCAUCCUCGUCCUCUUCAUCAUCCUCAUCUUCUUCCUCCUCUUCCUGCCAUGGGAACUCAGGGGACUGGGAUCCCAGCUCGUUCCUGUCAGCACAUAAGCUCUCAGGCCUCUGGAAUUCCCCACACUCCAGUGGGGCUGUGCCAGGCAGCUCGCUUGGGAGUCCUCCUGCCAUCCCUGGUGAGGCUUUCCCUGUCUCGGAGCACCACCAGCACUCAAACCUCACUGCUCCCCCUAAUAGCCCCACUGGCCCUCCCCCGCAUCCAGCAUCUCUGAUUCCUUCUCACCCUGGUUCCUUCAGCUCGGCGUCCCACCCACACCUGCUGCCCACCACCCCAGCAGCGCCUUUCCCUGCCCAGGCUUCAGAGUGCCCUAUGGCUGCUGCCACUGCCACCCACUCCCCAGGGCCAUGUCAGAGCCCUCAUCUGCCCUCCACCAGCAUGCCACUCCUGAAGAUGCCUCCACCACUCUCGGGGUGCAGCCACCUCUGCAGCGGGCACUGCAGCGGGCAUUGUGGUGGGCCUCUCCUCCCACCACCGAGCUCUCAGCCACUCCCUAGCACUCACAGCAGGGACCCUGGGUGCAAGGGGCACAAAUUUGCACACAGUGGCCUGGCCUGUGAGGCAGAUGAGGGUCUGGGCGAGGAAGAGGAUAGCAGCUCUGAGCGCAGCUCUUGUACCUCGUCCUCCACCCACCCCCGCGAUGGGAAGUUCUGUGACUGCUGCUACUGUGAGUUCUUCGGCCACAAUGCGCCACUCGCUGCCCCGACGAGCCGGAAUUAUACUGAGAUCCGGGAGAAGCUCCGCUCAAGGCUGACCAGGCGGAAAGAGGAGCUUCCCGUGAAGGGGGGCAGCCUGGGUGGGCUCCCUGGGGAGCCUGCGGUGGACCACCGGGAUGUGGAUGAGCUGCUGGAAUUCAUCAACAGCACGGAGCCCAAAGUCCCCAACAGCGCCCGGGCUGCCAAGCGAGCCCGGCACAAGCUGAAAAAGAAGGAAAAAGAGAAGGCCCGGUUGGCAACAGAAGCUCUGAAGCAGGUGAAUCGUGUUUCUGGAAGCCAGGAGCCAAAGCCUGCCAGGGAAAGGCUCCUGGAGUGGCCUGACCAGGAACUGGACCGGGUCAAUAGCUUCUUGAGCAGCCGCUUGCAGGAGAUCAAGAGCACCGUCAAAGACUCCCUCUGUGCCAGUUUGAGUAUGUGUGAGCUCAGCAUGGAGGACAGUGGCUGUAAGGAGGGGACUGUGGAAGCUCAGGCCCUAACCCCUUCAGACCUCAGCGGCUCCUCUCACAAACAGCCUGACAUCAACCUUGACCUGUCCCCUUUGACCUUGGGUUCCCCUCAGAGCCACACAUUACAAGCUCCAAGUGAGCCAGUCCCACCAUGGGCAGAAAGGAGAGACCCUCACCCACCAUGGACAGAGGUGAGGGGCCCCCCUCCUGGUAUCCCUGAGAAUGGGCUCGUGAGAAGACUGAACACUGUGCCCAACCUGUCCAGGGUGAUCUGGGUCAAGACACCCAAGCCAGACAACCUGAGCUCUGAGGAAAGUCCAAAGGAAGUUCCCAGUUGCAAACAGGAAUUGUCUGAGCCUGUGGCCACAGGUGGAAAGCCAAGAAAGAGCAAGAGACAGGGAAGUCAAGCAAAGAAGACUGAGGCAAGUCCAGCCCCCUGGCCUCCAGCCAACCUAGAGGCUCCCAGUGCUAAGAGCCAGAUAUCUAGCGCCAAGCAGCCAGUCAAGGGCUCAGAGCCUGCCAAAGGGGGCAGUGGUGCAGAACCUGGAGAGGGCAGCCGGGGGAGCCGGCCAGGACCAAUUCCGGCUGAUAGCCCCAAAACUGACAAGAAGGGUAGUUCCUGGCAGAAUUGGCCAGGUGGGGCCAAGGCACGAACUCUGGAGCAGGAAUCUGAGCAGACCCCCGGCCCAGCAAGGCCACAGAACUUAUCCCAGGGCAAGGGCCGCAGCCGCCGGAGCCGAAACAAGCAGGAGAAGUCAGCCUCCUCCUUGGACGAUGUGUUCCUGCCCAAGGACUUGGAUGGGGUGGAGAUGGAUGAGACAGACCGAGAGGUGGAGUACUUCAAGAGGUUCUGUUUGGAUUCUGCAAAGCAAACUCGUCAGAAAGUUGCUGUGAACUGGACCAACUUCAGCCUCAAGAAAACCGCUCCUAGCACAGCUCAGUGAGCCCUGCCCAGGUUGAUGUCUCCAGGUCAUCUCAAAGCCCCAGCUCAAGCUGCAGAUGUAGUUCUCCACGUGCCCUGCCACCUGUCUUGACUCGACCUGCUCCCACCACCCUGACCAACCAAAAGCUGAAUGGACGCCAGGCUGUGCUGGGGCCUUUGAGGACCUCAGCAGAGCCGCUUCCUGGUGCUACACAGCCUGAGGAGUGGGCUGGCCUGUGAGCCAAGGGCUGGUGGCCCUGCUGGCCCAACAGUGCUCUCUUUGUGUUGGUUUCUGUUUGGUUUCUUUUUAUUCUUUACUUUUGAUACUGUGAAUAUCUUUCAUGGGGAAAGAUAAAGCAACAUUUGGACACAGAA